UGGAUCUCACGUGACCGCAACUUUCAGCUCCUGAACAUGUCACAGAUGACGGCUAUGAAGAGGAAGUCGCUCCACACUCUGGCAGAAACUCUGUCUAAACAAGUGCAGCACUUCAGUAAAACGGAGGUGGAGGGUCUGAUCGGACUGUACCAUGAGCUGCUGGGGGAGUCAGCUGCUCAGGGCAGAGCAGUCACAGGUCUGGACAGAAGCAGGUUCAGGACUUUACUGUACAACAUGUUCGGGAUGACGGACGACAUGCUCAUGGACGGAGUCUUCAGGACAUUUGACAAAGACAACGACAGCUUCGUGAAUGAGAAAGAGUGGGUCGAGGGACUUUCCGUUUUCCUCCGAGGGACCUUGGAAGAAAGAAUUAAAUACUGCUUCAAUGUGUACGACUUGAACAAUGACAGCUACAUAUCAAGGGAGGAAAUGUUUCAAAUGCUGAAGGACAGCCUCAUCAGGCAGCCCUCAGAGGAGGACCCAGACGAGGGAGUCAAGGAACUGGUGGAGAUGACACUCAAGAAGAUGGACUAUGACCACGAUGGGCGGUUGUCAUUUGACGACUUUAAGAAGGCAGUGAAGGACGAGAACCUGCUACUUGAAGCUUUUGGAACCUGCCUCCCUGACACCACAAAUAUUGAGAAAUUCGAGCAGCAAGUAUUUCAGAAACAAGUGAAACCAUGAAGAAAUUAUAUUCAUGUUGGAUUUUUA